CCGACUGUCAGGCGAACCCAACUUCUUUUUAUUUUCUCUUUUACUUCUGUCCCUUUUUCCUUUUACUUGAAUUCGUUGGUCACUGAUGAUGGCUUCCAAGAGUCCUGCCAAGCCUGCUACUACAAAGCAAAGCGACAGCGCUGCUUCUCAUGAUAUCGGCUUGAUUUUUGUGCGCGAAUACUAUACUUUUUUGAACAAGAAGCCUCAACGUUUGCAUGCUUUUUACGGAACUGAUUCCGUUUUGGUUCGAGGCGAUGAAGGUGAUGCGGUUCGUUCGUAUCAAGGUCAAGAGGAAAUUCGUCAAAAGUUUGAAGAACUGAACUUUGAGGACUGCAAAGUCCUUGUCACUCAAUUGGACAGUCAAAUGUCGUCUGGUGAUGGUAUCAUUAUCCAAGUCUUGGGUGAAAUGUGCAACAAGGAUGGUCCUUCGCAGAAGUUUGCCCAAACCUUCUUCUUGGCUCCUCAACCAAACGGCUAUUACGUCCUCAAUGACAUUUUCCGAUUUUUGAAGGAUGAAGUGAAUAUCGAUUACUAUACCUGUGAUGAAGAGGAGGAGCAGGAACAGCAGCAACAGCAGCAGCACCACCAACAACCCUUGUCCGCUCCUGCUGACUCGAGUCGAGCCUCGGUGUCAGAAAAGCCCACACCUACAUUAUCAGUCGCGGAAUCUUACGAUCCCAUGGAAAUGGAUAGUACAGCAGCCACCACGGCUUCUACACCGGUCAUUGACUCUGUAUCGGUGGCAUCCGACAAGGUCUCCAAGCCCGAAUCUGUAACUCCCAAGCCAAGCCCAAUCACCGAGGACCAAAAGCCAAAGACGCCGGCACCCAAGGUUGCCGACAAGGAAGAGCAAACGCCAAAGAACAAGGUGGAAGAAGGGAAUAAACAGGUACCUGUAGAUGAAAAGAAACCAGAAACUGCGUCACCCACAUCGCAACAACCGAAACCUGCUCCCAAGCCAACCGCACCCAAGACCUGGGCUACCUUGGCAGCCAACGAUUCCAACAAAUGGGGUACCCAAGCAUCAGAAACCAAACUCCCGCCGGUGGCCGCAUCACCUACUCCACAACUACAGCAACCCGCCACACAAACCCCCGCUUCCCAACCCCAUCCCGCACAACAACAGCAACAACAACAACAGCAGCAGCAACCACAAUCACAAGGUCCACAAGGUCCACAAGGUCAUGGCGGACGAGAUCAACGCAGAGUAGUGAUCGAUGAGACCCAAAUUUUUGUCAAGAAUGUUAAUCAGAAUGUGACUGAGGACCUGCUUCGAGAGGCGUUUGCCAAGAACGGCACGAUCAAAUCGGUGACCAUGGCGUAUAACCGUAACUGUGCUUUUGUAGAAUUCGCUACUCCGGAAGCAUGUCAAAAAGCCCUUAGCCAACAUAAAGUAUACCUUAGCAAUGGCACCACGGUUUUAGCCGAAGAACGCCGUCACAACAAAGGCCAGUUCAAUCGACAACAACCCAAUGGCCCUGCAUAUGAUCGUCGCUUCCAGCAAAAUCGACGUGGAGGUGGUCCCACGCGUGGAGGCAGCAAUAAACCCCGCGGAAGUAGCGGCCCGAAAUAGAAUAAAAAAAACCCAAAAAAGCCAGCGACGUUAUUUAUCUUUGGCACGACGCAUUGUAAAUUCAAGUUUGCCUUUCUUUUUUUGAUUUUCUAUUGUGAGUUGGCUUAUUCAUGGCGGUUCCUUUUUUUUGGAGUGACUAUAGACUAUUUACUUAUCAUAAGCAGUUACUCCACGCGAACUGCAAUAAAGCAUAGCGAUACAGAUGGAUCGAAAUGUUUCUGUUUGACCCGGCGGGUCUUCGAUGACAUGUUUUACACAACAAUGGC